AUGGCCACUGAAAGCGGUGCAGCGUUCCGGUCGAGAGCACUGGACCUCGGCCUAGCUGAAGAUAGGUUUGAGCUGCUUGUGAGUGCUGGGGUGCGCAACUUCGGGCAAUAUGCUUUUAUAUGUCAGUAUCAACCUGGCAGUUCAGACGAGGGCCCACUGUUGAAAGUUUUGUCAGAAAUCUACAACGCAGAUGCCCAUGGAGGUGAGUUGACAGUUGGAGAAAGGUCAAUCCUUAGGAGGCUCUACUUUGAAAGCCACACUACUGCAGUUCAGGAGAUACGCAUCAGAUUAGAGCGUCAGCCUGACGACACGCCAAAGGCCCUUCCCAUGGCCGAGCGCAUUGAGCGACUCAACGCCUUCAAGGAGAGUCAUUGCCAUUUGAUUUUGGAUUACUCUUCAGAACCAUCACACAAAUUGGUGGAUUUGGCUUGUCAACAGGCAGAAUCUCAGGUCGUAUCCUACAUAGAGCUUAGCUUGUGCACCAGCAGGGAAUCGGAGAUCACUCAUCGAAAGAAAGAGACUCAGGUUUCAAUAGACAACUCUGGAUUGAUCAAGCUCAGCAAACAGGAUCGCGAAGUCAAGGCCGAGGUGACAGGGGAUUGGAAAGUACGCCAAUGCAUGCAGAGGCGAGCAGUGGCUUACCAUUUGGCCAAUAUAGCCACUUACAAGACCUUGGAGAAGUUCACGGCCAAGCUGUUCCACUAUCUUACCAAGGAACCUGUGGCAAACCAUCGCCCAAUCAGCUUGCAGCAAAUCAUCCAGGCAGAUCGUGAGCUUUGGAUUCAGGUGUCUCGGACGACCCGUGGCAAGAUCUUGACAUCAAAUCCCAAACCCAUCGACGAUGCUGUUGCCAAGCUAUCGGAGUCCACAGAGAUCCUGUACCAUCUCAUGCCGCUACCCCAGGGCAGCCAGCCCAGAUCUGCCGACAAGCCCAAGCCUGAUAGAUCCCGUAGCCCUAGACGGCCCAAAGGCAAGGGCAACAAGGGCAAAGGAAAGGGAAGCGGCAAAGGAACCAAACCAGAUUUGCCGGCCAACUGUGUGUCGAAAGAUGAUCAAGGCAGGAACAUAUGUUUUGCAUAUCAGUGGGGCAAGUGCCAACAUCCUGGGCCGCGUUGCAUCGUGCCUGAACAGCCUGAAGCCAUUUUGGAAGUUUUCUUUAAUUUGUGCAUGCAUGCCAAUGUUGCCGCAGCGCAUUUUGCGCCAGUCUGUGGCACUGCCAGUAAAGCCCGUGAGCGACCCAUGCCACCGGGCUACAAGGGAAAGCCGCUUGCACCUUUGAGGUCUGACGACCAACUUUUGGGUUUGGACUCACUAGUAGGCCAAGAUCGUGACAGGGUCCAGGCGGCCAAUAUCCUUUAUGCAGUCACUGUUGUAGCAGCAAUCCUCUUGAUUUCUCGUAACACCAUUGUGUCAGUUGAAAACCCCAAUAAUAGCUACUUUUGGGCCAUCGCUUGCCUCAUCGCAGCCCUCUUGGAAAAUGGCAAAUUGUGGACUAGUCUUGAAGAUGUAAACUUUGCGAACUGCAUGUUUGGAUCCAAACGCAAAAAGCACACAACUUGGAAGUCAACCCCUGCCGUCUUCCAUGCAAUGAACAAAGAGUGUGACAAUUCGCACGUGCAUGAGUCUUGGACCCCGCACAUUGGGCCAAAUGGCCAAGUCUUGAAGAUGCCAACUGCAGAAGAGGCAGCCUACACGCCUGAACUUGCAAGAGCUGUCGCAACUUGCCUGGGGCCUGCAUUGUUAGAACGUGGUGUUGCGUUCCCAACAGACCUCACUGCAGCCGCUAACCCGCGCAAAGUUGUCCGAGCAGAACAGUUCAGGCUGCCCCAGUUGAUCUCUGAGUUCUUUGCCAUCACCGAUUGCCCGGUGCCAAUGUGCGACUCCAAACAGAUUCCACUUCCAAUUGUCUUGGAACAAGGGGGUGAUUUGAAGUAUGACCAAGUAGACUGGGAAUCCGAGAGCUUGCAGCAACAACCCCACACAAUGAAAGCUUUCAAAAAUAAGCCUGAACCAGGUGAUAUAGUCUUUGGUCUUUUUAGAUCCCCCAAAAACUUUGUAGUGUGCGCCGAAAGCCUGAUGCAUCCGAUUGAUUUUUCAUGCCCUUUGCCUGAUGAGCUUGUGUUGACGUUGUCACAAGUUCUCCAGCUAGGCCCAGCUGGACUGAUUGCGCUUAGGGCUGAGAGGGCUAAGGAGUUGUUGUGCUUGGUCAAAUCUAUGGAGGCUGACAACUCAGCCUACUUAAAAGCUUUGCCAGCCACCCCACAGAAAAUCCUUCGGAAUAAACGGAUGGCCUUGUGGAAGCACUUAUCGCUAAAGUUUGACUGCCCGGAUGCAGGGAUAGUAGAUGAAAUAGCCCAGGGUUGUCCCUUAACUGGCUUAGGAGUGCACUCAAGCUUGUUCCCUGCUGGAUUCCAACCAGCCCAGAAGCCAGCCGACCAGCUGAGGAAGCAGCACCUUUGGCUGAGGCAUCAAGUGGUGGGCCGAUGCCGUUCAUCAGGGGAUCCUGUUGUAGACCGAGAGUGCUGGGAGCAAACAAUGUCUGAGGUCACAGAUGGUUGGAUGGAAGGCCCGUUUGACAGUGAAGAGGCCGUGUCAGCACACACAGGCUGUUCAGAAUGGCUGUGCAGCAAAAGGUUCCCACUGGUCCAAGGUGACAAGGUUCGAUUGAUAGAUGAUGCAAAGGAGAGCCAACUCAAUACGGCGUACUAUGCCACCAACAAACUAGUCCUUCAGGAUGUUGAUUGCUUGGUGUCCUUGAUCAUGCAGAUGUGCAGAUGCUUUGUCCAAGGGGGUGAGUUUACGAUGAGGUUGAGUGACGGAUCCAACGUUGUUGGCCGAGUUGCCGCUGAUUGGGGUUCGGAUGUGAACUUCCUUGGCCGCACAUUAGACCUGUCUUCAGCCUUCAGCAUAUAA